UAUGAGAUUCAGAUUCUCUAUGUUAAAAUAUAAAGUAAAUCAGACUGAGCAGGCGUCCGGAAUAUUCCUCUCAAGCAUCUGACGUGUCGGCCGACGAUUAGAAUCCAGGUCAUCAACACACGCGUAUUUUAGAUAAAAAUGCGCAUGAUAAGGUCAACUUUUGGCAUAGAGGGAAAGACUUCAACUUUAUCAUCUCUCGAUUUGUUUUCUCACGGUGAUGAUGCUUUUGUCGUUUCAUCGUUCGUUUACUUCAACUUGCUUAUUAUUCUACGCUCAUGGACUAAUCAAAGCAACGAAGAAAAAAGCAAACAACACAAAAAAAUAUAUUAGAAAAAAAAUAAAUAUCUCUGCUUUUUUCAAUGAUGGAUACGCUUCACCUCUAAGUUUUGACCAAAGUUUUCUUCAUUUCUCUUCUCUCUUGUGAUCACCGUUUGAUCGGAAUAUUCCUUUAGAAUGCGAAGAUUCAUUCUUCAUCUCUCGAGCUUGUGAUGAAUUUCUUCUCUGCUUGUCAAUGGAGAUGAUGAGCUCUUCUUCUUCUACUACUCAAGUUGUAUCAUUGAGAGACAUGGGGAUGUAUGAACCAUUUCAACAGUUAUCUGGUUGGGAGAAUCCUUUCAAAUCAGAUAUCAACAAUAAUCUUAGUAGUAAUCAGAAUAACAAUCAGAGUUCUUCAACAACUCUUGAGGUGGAUGCUAGACCAGAAGCAGAUGAUAACAAUAGAGCGAAUUAUACUUCUGUGUAUAAUAAUAACUCUGUUGAAGCAGAACCUUCUAGUAAUAAUGAUCAGGACGAAGACCGGAUCAAUGAUAAGAUGAAACGGCGUUUGGCUCAGAACCGAGAAGCUGCUCGCAAAAGUCGUUUGAGAAAGAAGGCUCAUGUGCAACAGUUAGAAGAAAGUCGGUUAAAGUUGUCACAGCUCGAGCAGGAACUUGUUAGAGCUAGGCAACAGGGAUUAUGCGUACGCAAUUCUUCAGAUACUAGUUAUAUAGGACCAGCUGGGAACAUGAACUCAGGUAUUGCUGCAUUUGAGAUGGAAUACACACACUGGCUAGAAGAGCAAAACAGGAGAGUUAGUGAGAUUCGAACAGCGCUCCAAGCUCAUAUAGGUGACAUUGAGCUCAAAAUGCUGGUAGAUACUUGCUUGAACCACUACGCAAAUCUCUUCCGCAUGAAAGCUGAUGCUGCAAAGGCUGAUGUGUUCUUCUUGAUGUCGGGAAUGUGGCGAACUUCAACUGAACGCUUCUUCCAAUGGAUUGGAGGUUUCCGCCCAUCCGAGCUUUUAAAUGUUGUGAUGCCAUACGUUGAGCCCUUAACCGAUCAGCAACUCUUGGCGGUGCGUAACCUCCAACAAUCGUCUCAGCAAGCAGAGGAGGCUCUCUCUCAAGGCUUAGAUAAACUUCAGCAGGGUUUGGUCGAAAGCAUAGCAUUUCAGAUAGAAGUUAUCGAGUCUGCGAAUCACGGGGUUCAAAUGGUUUCGGCCAUGGAGAAUCUUCAAGCAUUGGAGAGUUUUGUGAACCAGGCGGAUCAUCUGAGACAGCAGACUCUGCAGCAAAUGAGUAAGAUAUUGACGACAAGACAGGCUGCUCGAGGCUUGCUCGCUCUAGGAGAAUACUUCCACAGGCUGCGCGCUCUUAGUUCUCUCUGGGCAGCUCGUCCACGAGAACACACUUGACAAGUUAGGAGGCAAACAAAACAAAGAGAAAGAAGCACAAGGCAGAUGAUGUUACCUAUAGGGACUCUCAGAAAGUGUUUGGAGAUGUAAGCUGAUUUUUUCUCUAUUAGAGAGCAUCAUCUUCCUCAUUGAUGUUUUUGUUUACUUAAAAGGAAUAAGAGAUGUGUAAAUUUGGGUGGAAAACAAUAAAACAUGUAAUGUGGUUGAUAUAUAAGACUCUUUUAUGUUUGUAAAAUAUAUAGGGUUUGUUGUCACUCGUCAUAUAUGAGAAUUUGAGUCCACCAUCAAAUUUUUUGUCUU